AUGAAGCCAAUUCAGGCUGUGGUGCCUCUGUUGGGAGUGGCCAUGGCAGGGCACACUGGUGGUGCUCUGCGUCGGCAAUCCAGCAGUGUGCCAGAGGUGACAAUUGAAGGCAAUGCAUUCUGGGCCGACGGCGAGCGCUUUUAUAUUCGUGGAGUAGCCUACCAACCGGGUGGUGCUGCAGACGCUGCAGAUCCAUUGCUGGAUAUCGAGAGUCUUACGCGGGACGUCGAGAACUUCAAGACUUUGGGUAUCAACACUAUUCGUGUCUAUACGGUAGACAACUCGCAGAAUCACGACGAAGGCAUGGAACUCCUCGCCAGCGCAGGCAUCUACCUCGCCCUGGAUGUCAACUCGCCCAAGUUCUCUCUCAACAGAGCCGACGCUUUCCUCUCAUACAACGAGCGAUACCUUCAGUCCGUAUUCGCGACUGUCGACAGCUUCGCCAACUACACCAACACCCUGCUCUUCUUCAGUGGAAACGAGGUCAUCAAUGACAAGGACACUACCGGUGUGGCGCCAUACAUCCGUGCGGUCACCCGCGAUAUCAAGAACUAUAUCAAUGCGCAGGGUUACCGCACUAUCCCCGUCGGAUACUCCUCCGCAGACGUUUCGGAGAAUAUUGAACAGCAGCUCCAGUAUUUCGACUGCGGGGAUGACAGCUCAGCCGUCGACUUCUUCGCCUUCAAUGAUUAUUCGUGGUGUGACCCGUCAGACUUUGUGACUUCAGGGUGGCAGGCCAAAGUCCAGCGAUACACUGGCUACAGCAUUCCGUUGUUCCUCUCUGAGUACGGCUGCAUCGAGGAUGAGAGAGCCUGGGGGGAGGUCGCUGCUCUGUAUUCGACCGAGAUGACGUCGGUGUUCUCUGGUGGUAUUGCCUACGAAUACUCCACCGAGGCGAAUGGGUACGGCAUCGUCGAGAUUUCAGAUGGCGAGGUCACGCCGAAUGAGGACUUUGACGAGCUGGCCAGCGCAUUGGCCAAAACGCCCAACCCGGACGGGGAUGGAGGCUACAGCACCAGCACAAAUGCCUCUACGUGCCCGGCCCAGUCAGAUGAGUGGGACGUCUCUGAUCUCCUCAUCCCUGCGCCUCCAUCGGGAAUCGAUGAGUACAUGGAGAAUGGUGCAGGCCAGGGUCCUGGUCUCUCGGAAGAUGUGACGACCGAUGGAAGCACGUCAUCUGGUAACUCAUCCUCGGGCAGCUCUGGUUCUAGUUCCAGCAGCAGCGGCAGCUUGUCAACACCAAACGCCAUCGCUGGCUUCUUCGUGCCCAUCGCACUGAUGAUGGCUGUCUUGGUGCUUGAGUAG